AUGUCUCGGGCCAGAUGCAAUACCAGCAUGACCGAAACAGAAAACCGUGUCGCAAAACGCAAAUCACAUACCAAAAGUCGGAGAGGAUGCUUCCAGUGUAAGCAACGUCAUACAAAGUGCGAUGAGGCUCGUCCACGAUGCGGGAACUGUGUUAGACUCGAUAUCCAUUGCAACUGGCCGGUCAUACAGAACCAAUACUCGGCGUCCUCCCCGCAGUCAAACGUUAGCAAUCAUGCGUCACCUUUGACUUUGGAACAGCGACCCGUGCCCAGUCCUGACAAUCAUGAGCCGGGCGAUGCUGAUCUAUCGAUACCGGACCUUCGUUUGUUGCACCAUUGGAUGUCAAAUUGCUAUCAAUCGUUGCGGCCUUAUGAGAUUUCCUACAAGGAAGAUACAAUUUGGCGUGAUGAAUGCACUGAGAUUGCUUUCGAGCAUCCCUUUCUUCUCCACGGCUACCUAGCUCUUUCUGCUGUGCACAAGGCCCACACUGUACCCGGUGCAGAUCGACAAAGUCUUCUCCUGCAAGCCGAUUCGCACAUCUGCCGUGGACUGGCUGUCUACAGAAAGCACCUCGAAGCACCCAUCAUUGAAAGGGCUGUUCCUAUGUUCAUGACAUCCACAGUCUUGUUCACAUACAAUCUCGGCUCUGCACAGCUGGAAAAGCCGGAAGAUCCAAUAGAUGGUAUACACCAUUGCUUCCGGCUGCUCGCCGGUAUUAAGAUAGUCGUCAUGCCUUUCUGGCUACAGAUCAAAGACACUACUGUGUUUUCCCACAUAGUUGACUUGGCUGAAGGCGACGAUUUAGAGAGUCUCGAUGCACGCGGCAAGGAUGAUACGACCCCAGAGAUUCUCGCCCUGGAGGAGUUGACUGGAUACCUACUCAACACGCGAGACAGAGAGGCGUGCUUGACGGAAACUGACCAACUCCAUACAACUUCAGUGCGGCUCCGACAUAUUUCCGUGCGAAGCGAUGAGUACUCUCUCAUACUCAGUUGGGCUGCGCAACUGCAGGAGCACUUCAUGAACCUGGUCUCGGCUCAUAAUCCGGUCGCUUGUGUUAUAGUUGUUUACUUUGCUGCCCUGCUGGCUCAAAGUCGUCCGGUCUGGUGGGUUGGAAAUUGGCCACAGUGGCUUCUUACAGCCUGCGAACAGCUACUUUCAGCAACACCAGAGCUGCUAAAGUGGAUAGACUGGCCUCGACGGAUCAUAAAUUCACGAACCUGGAGCAUUGUCUCUACACCGGUCUCCUUCGAUCACCCCAACACCGGACCUUGA